CUGCGCAUCGAUCAACCACCAUCUGCGACCGACCAAUCCAACCCGAUACCUUCACGUCUACACAAACCACAUCCUCAUCCAUCCGACAUGCCCAUCGGCCCCUCACUACCGCCUCACCUCUCCAAGCGAAGUCGCGAAGACGACGACCAUGACGCCAACGGCUUCUCCUCCGACGGCGGCGAGAAGCGGCGCAAAGUUAUAGGCCCCGCUGCUCCUCCGCCUUCGAAACCCUCUCCCCCACGCGUUCUUGGGCCUUCCCUCCCUCCUCAAUCCGCAUCGAGAUCUAGCAGUCCCGACAGUGAUGUAGGCCCGGCGCCUCCUCCAGCGUCAUCAAAGCCCACCCGCGUCCUCGGUCCAGCACCUCCGCCCGCUCCGCUAGACCAACGACCGCCCAACCCUCCCUCGGACCAUGACGAUUCGGAUAGUAGCAGCGACGACGAUUUCGGUCCCGCUCCGCCGCCUGUCGGUGCUACAUACGAUACUUACGGGGGCUCCUCGGCGGCUAAGUCAGCUUUCGACACGGAACCCCAGUAUACAGAUGCGCCCAAAAAGGUCCAACGAGACGAUUGGAUGACCAUGCCUCCUACUCACGACGGCUUAUCGCGCAUCGAUCCUACGAAGAUGCGCGCGCGCAAAUUCAACACGGGGAAGAACGCUGGCGCUGGGAGCGGCGGCGAUGGGAUGGGCAUCUGGACAGAGACUCCCGAGCAGAAGCUGAAGCGAUUGCAGGACGAGGCCAUGGGCAUCACUGCGCCUGCCAACACAUCAUCCUCCAAGAAGGAAUCCAAACGGACCAGGGAAGAAGACGAACUCAAUCGCAAAAGACGAGAACAAAUCGAAGCAUCACGAGGAAAGAGCUUGGUCGAUCAGCACAAGGACAAGUCGGUCAAGAGCAAAGAGCCAGAAGACGACCCUAGCAAGCGUGGCUUCGACUAUGAAAAAGACAUGGCGGUGACCGGCAACUUGUCGCAUAAGCAGAAAAGAGAAUUAAUGAACAAGGCAAAGGGCUUCGGAGACCGCUUUUCUGGUGGCAACUUCCUGUGA